AUGCGUGAAAGCAAUAAGGAUAUUGGUUGGGUACGAUUUUUGGAGAUUUUCUACAUCAAAUAUUUUCCACAAUGUGUCCGUGACAGAAAGGUGUCAGAGUUCAUGGAACUUAAACAAAACUGCAUGAUAGUAGCUGAGUAUGAGGCCAAGUUCACUGAGUUGGCCAGAUUUGCACCACAUGUGGUCGAUGCUGACUACAAAAAAGUGAGGCAUUUUGAAGGCGGGCUUCGAGAUGAUAUCUUAGAGAAGGUGAAUGUUCUCAAGCUGGAAACCUACUUUGAGGUGCUAGACCGAGCCAUAAUAUCAGAAGCUAACAUAGCCAGACAAGCCAAAUCAACAACUAACUGGAAAGGUAGCAAAAGGCAGGGUUUCUUUUCGAAGAAGAAAUUUUCACAGAAGCAGAAUACGAGCUCCUCAAGUACUUUAAAUUCUUCCCAAGAUACGUCCCCAAUAUGCAACCAAUGUGGUAAAAGGCACCAUGGGGUUUGUUACCAUAUAUCAGGGGCCUACUUUAAGUGUGGCAAGACAGGACACAUGGCCAGAGAUUGUAAUCAGAAUAGCGGAAAGUUCGCUGCUAGCUCAACUGCAUCGAUCCCAAAACCGGGAAAUACUACGAGGCCUACUACCACCGGAGAUAUCGUGAGGCAAAGGAGAGUUUUUGCGCUUGUUUCAGGUGAUACACGGAACGCCGAAGCCAUUGUCUCAUGUAUUAUCUCUAUAUGCAAUUAG